CUUUUCUGACGCAAAGACCAUUGGGUUAGGCAAAACAGAGCAGGUCAUCAUUCAACCUCUCUGCGUGUGAGGAGACAACAGUACCACAGAGAAUAGUUAUGAUGGAGAUAUCACUUUAUCUCCUGCUCGGUCAUCUCCUCAUUGCUGGCGUUGGCGCUGGCUCUCCCUGUGUUCCUCCAGAGUGUCUGAACUGUAACACCACAGGAGCAACUCAGGCAGAUCCUUGUGCCAACUGCUCAAGUAAUCCACCAUCGUGUAUCACUAAACCUUCAGCUAUUCCAAAGAACUGCAAAAAAGACUUUCAGGUUUCCAUCAAAAGCAAUAAAUCCAAGGUAGAAGAGGGCGAAGACAUCGACCUCUCAUGCAUACACAACCUUCCCAAUUUGACUCUGAAGUUUGAGUGGAAGAGGAAUGGGAUGACACUCAAGGACGGAAGAAAUAAAACUGAGCUGUCUCUCAAAAAGGUGUUGUCAAACAAAGCAGGAAAGUACACCUGCACUGUGGUCAGCCGGUGUGGCAGAUACGAGUCUUCGCCACAUGAUGUCACUGUAAACAACAACACUGUGGUGCUCCUGGUGAUCUGUGGUGUUUCCGCAUUGGCCCUGGUCGUGAUUUUGGGGCUGGCCAUGAAGUUCAAGCUGAAAAGAGACAACGCUAAACACAGAGACAGGGCGAGGCAGAAGGCAAAGGACGAGCAGAGCAGGGUUCCAGCUCCGUUCACACCAAGAGAGUCCUAAAAAAGAACCAGCCGAUCACCUUCAAAACUCAUUGAUCGUGAUUCUGGGUUUUCUUUGGCAUCCAUGAUUUGUUCAUGUUUUCUCAGUGACCAUUUAUUUCUGGGAUUCACCAGUGUUUUAUUAUUUUUGCUCUUCUCUCAGGUGAGACAAUUUUACGUGUGGCACUCUUACCAAGAAAUGUAGAUUAUUAUGUUUUAAUUAAAAUUAUAUUACUAAAUUUAUAGGCUAAAGAAAUACUACAAUACUUAGUCCACUCAUCACCAUUAAUGUAAUUUCAGUUACUGUGUAAGACUGUGCAGACCCUCUGCUGAUCAGUGCUGAAAUGUAACAUACAUUUAAGCAUUUACUCAAGUUCUGUACUUAAGUACGAAUUAGAGGUAGUUUUACUUCACUUGAGUAUUUUAAUCUUAUGCCACUUUCUAUUUCUACUACACACAUCUGAGGGAAAUAUUAUUCUUUUUUACUCCACUACAAUUAUCUGAUAACUGUAGUUACUUUACAAGUCAAGAUUUUUGCACACAAACAAUAUAACAACUAAAAGUGCAACUGGAACGAUUAUUCGAUUGGCUAGAAAAUUAAUUGGUAACCUUUUUGACGAUCUUUUAAGACAAAUUUCAUGCAAAAAACAUAGUUCAUGGUUCCAGUUUCUGCUUUUAUUAAAAAAAAUAAUUCUAAUUAUUUUUGAUUUAUUACAUUUAUAUAAAAUGUUCUACAAUGAUUACUUUUACUUUAAGUAUGUAAAUACAUUUUCCUGAUUGUACUGACAUAUUUGUAACUUAAAGGAGCAAUAAGUGAAAUUCAUCAUUUCUAGAUUGAAGGAAUUAAAAAAUUGUUAUGUGAAGAACUAGAGGUGUAAUUUCAUCUGGAGUAUAGCAUGACCUCACACACCCUCUCUCUGUGUUGAUCUCCAGCCCAUUGUUUACAAGCCGGUCUGGCUGCGCGUUCACUGGGAUGGGUUAAUGUCUGGAGCUUGAGUUAUUAGCGGCUCGGUCCCAGCAAUGGGUCAGGUGUUACGGUUGUGUUAAGUGAGUAAGUUAGCUCGGCAGCCCAGCUAACAUUUUCACUUAGCACUGUAAAAUGUAGCCUCGCGGGCAGCCUGCAAGGCUACAUUUUUGUAAUAUAUUUGCUGAAAUGGAGGCGAGGCUCAGUAACUAGAAGAGAUGAUAGAAGCGCUCCAUAGCUGUAAGUUACUCCAGUAGCCAGUGGCAGCCGACUCGGCCAGAGACAUCGCCGGAUCCCAGCUAGUGCUAACACCGGGAGCUAACGCUAACGUUCCUACUCUUCUCCGUGAGUGAGAACGAUGUUUUAGCCUAGUGGGCAGCUGACUCGUGGGCGGAGAGCAGAGGUAGAGGGAGGAGUGGCUCAUGACACACUUUGUUUUGGUCUACAGGCAGUGCACAACAGCAAACCUAGCGGUGAAACGAUUUCGCUUUUUGCCCCUUUAAUUAACAUUGUCAAUGCAGGGCUUUUACUAGAAACUAAAGUUAGUAGUAAGUAUUUUACAGUGUGUAAAGAAUCUGAAUACUUCCUCCAGCGCUGCUGAUGCAGGAUCACAAAUGUUUUGACUUUGUUUUUGAUUUUCCUCUAACUUCAGGUCUGACACCUUAGAAAAUCACAAGUUAAUUAAUAGUACGAUAAUUUUACAACUGCAGAAGUUUUUCCUCUUGCAGUCUUUUUGUAGGCAUCUCCCCAGUUCUUGGGCAUGUGCCGAAGUCUUUGCGCACAGCACGACACCUACCCUUAUGGAGGGUUUAAGGGGUGUUACCUAUGCUACUAGGUUACUUAUGAUCAUUUGGGAUUCAUCAGUCACCACCUGGGUAAGAGCAAAUUCGGAUGGCUAAAAAUGUUUUAUGCAUCUGGAUUUGUCAUCUCAUAUUUCUUCUCUUGACUGAAAACUAAGAGAAAAUGUUAGAAAAAAUUAAGAGAAUUCUGCUGUAUUGUUUCAUAAUUUGCUGUGAUUUAAUGUAAUAUAGAAAUAAACUGUCUUUAAUCUCUGUCUCUGAGGCUACGUGUGUGUGAUCAGCUGAGGUUACAAGCUUAUGUAUAGCCAUUUCCAGAUCAGGGUGGAUCCUUCGUUCAACGCAGCAUUAAUGUUAACCACGCCCACCAGAAAGCCUGCUCAGUUGAGGAAAAGAGUCUAGAAACGUUAUAAUCCAGACACAGGACAGGCGCGCUCAAACUAAUCCCACUGAAUGCUCUACUCACAGGAACGCACACACUACAGACGACCCACACAGAGCAGCUUUACAGCAGCAGGCAUGUAAUGGAUAUAUGGGAUGAUAAUGCUAUCUACUCCUCUCCAAGAGAGGGAUGGAUGUGGGAUGUGGGAUUUGAGAGUUGACUUAUGAACACAGAAAUAAUAAGUUUGGUGGUUCAACAACAUGGUAUAAUCCUCUGGAGUUCGUGUGUUAAGCUCUGUGCACACUGUCACUCCUCAUGCUGCUCACAGUGCCUUUGUUUCUCUGUAUUAACAGCAGGUUUCCCCCCUCAGCCAUUUGGCAACAUGUCUGAACUUUUAUCUGUUUUUCUCCUCACAAUAUCCGUGUUUGAUAGUGUGUCAGGAAGGACUGUUUAUUCAGUUUCCUCCUAUAGCAGGUGGCUAAGGGAUAAUCCAGGUAAAGCCACUGCAAAGUGGAGAUGGAGGGAUGGAUAGAGGAGGAGGGGGAGGGGGGAUGGGGUGGCCUUUGCAUGGAUGACUAGGGCUAAUUCGGGCCUCCUAAUCCCAGUCCCAUCCACCCUCCCCCUCUUCCUGCUUGCUAACUCCACGGCGACAGUGAGGAGCAAUUGACGCCCAGGUAGACAUUACUAUCACAUACACACAUAGCACUUAACCCGCUCAAGUUUACAGAGGAGGAAGAA